ACCUCAGAUGCUAAUUAAAUAAAGAAUACUUGGGCCCCCUAAGAAUCGAUGUUGUGGUGGGAUGGGAUCUACAUAUGCAUCUCCAUAGAUACAGCGCUACCAGUUGCAAAUGAUUGACUGGAUAGUGCGGCGCUGCCAUGACGAGACCCCGCCAUUGCCAUAGCAGUGUUUGUUCCAUUUAUCGAAUAGCGGUACGGUGGAGAAAUGUCGAACGAAAGCACAUUGCAAUCUCAGCUGCGUAGCAUUACCUGCCAUAGAUUUGAUUUUCUUUUCGACACAAAUGUAACCAAAAUGCUUCGGCAAAAGAUUUCGCUAGUCAAAAUUCUCUAAAUUACAAGUGUAUUUUAUCCCAAAGCGAUCAAAAUUAUGCUGCGACUGCCAGGGAUGCCACUGCUGCCGGGCGCACAGUUCUAUGAUUACGGGAAGCGUCGCCAUCCCCGACAGCAAACGCUUAUGCACUAUCAGGGCAUACAGAUGCUCUCCGAUCACCGGGAGCCGGAUCCCAAGUGCCCGCCAAUGCCCGCAGAGAUCAACACCCUGUGGGCACCGAAGGUGACUACGAAGCUGCCACCGUGGCUGACCUAUGACAAGCAGGUGCUCUGCUUCAAUGAGAACCUCACCGAGAUUUACUAUGCCCCGUACCAGGUGCGCAAGGUCAGGAUCUACUUCUAUCUGGAAGAUGGCACUAUGCAGGUCACCGUGGUGACCGGGCAUUCCGCAGGGCUGUCUGGUGCACCGUCAGCGCAUACCCAAGGCGCCAACCAGGGACCGGGAGUUCAUCUCUAUCUUUGACCUCAACGUGGACACUGAUGUGCAGAUCUUUGAUCGCGUCUAUCGAAUCAGCGGCUGUGACAUUUUCACCAGACAGUUCCUCAAUCGAGCCGGGAUUCAUG